AAUGCCAGCUGCUGCCAAAUUGUUUGAUGACGCGCAUAUUGUAGUACAGUAGCGAAACUGGUGUUUGGAUGACGUACUAGAAUAAGAUGGCCGACAUUAGCUCUAUCAACUACCAACAGCACAACACCCGUAUUACUUCUCUAAUGAACUUCUUUCUUAUUUUACGGAAUCGGGAGCUGUAGAUUUUUAUUAGUGUUUUUUUAAGCAUUUCUGAAAAGAAGUCAAUGUAGUAGACGAUCUCUAACGGCUGUUGCGGGUAAUAGGGAAGUUAAAUUGAACGACACGUAAAGUAGAAACAUACAGCUGACGUAUUUUCAGAUUCACUUGUCAGGUGACUGUUCGCAAAGUGUACUAGUGUAGAGUGGACAUUGAUUAUUAGAACAAUGGAAUACGUACUAAUAAAAGAUAUACGGCCGGGCCAGAAAAACAUUAAUGUGGUGUUUAUUGUUCUGGAAGUUGGCCAUCCUACUAUCACUAAAGAAAACCGCGAAGUUCGAACGUUUAAAGUGGCGGAUAGUACUGCUUGUAUGAAUGUUUCAAUUUGGGAUGAACCUGGUCAACUUUUAGUACCGGGUGAUAUAGUUAGAUUGACAAAAGGCUAUGCAUCUGUUUGGAGACAAUGCCUAACACUGUACUCAGGAAAAAAUGGAGACAUUCAGAAAAUUGGAGAAUUUUGUAUGGUUAUAAAUGAACAGUUAAACAUGAGUGAACCAAAUCCUGCUUUAGCUCAACAAAUGAGUAAUCAGAGUGGAUCUGGUCCACCUGGUAGUAAUGUUAACAAUAGCAUUACAAAUAAUGGAAAUGCAAAUAAUAUUGCUGGUCAACCUGGGAGACAACCCUUAGCAAUUCAAAGUAAUUCAACAACACCCGCUAGUGGUACAUCAGGUAGUUCUACAACAACAAAAAGUGGAAAUGGUAGCAAUGGAAGUAAUGGUGGAAAUAGUGGUAAUGCUUCAGGACUCCCAGGUGGAUCUGCAAGAUAUUCUGGUGAUUCAACAGCAAAAACAACAGUUACAACAAAAACUAAUUCUCGUGGUCGUGGGGGCUAUCGAAAUGGUGGCCGUAGUGAUCGUAGAUAACACACAAACAAAAAGCGACUAAUUAUAUAUGUGUAAUAUGAAUAUGAAACUGAUUACAUUCAGGACGACUGUAAUAUAAUGUUUUUGUAACAAUCCUGUAUAUGUGUAUUCAUGAAUCAAUGUAUACGAUAGAGUCUGAUUAAAAGAACAUAUGAGUUGAAGACAAUUAAAUUAAAAACACACUUAAUAUUGUCAUUAACGAUUAAUCAAAUAAUUAAAUUAUUUGAUACAAAUAUUUUUUAUUUAUGUGUGUAUUAAUUUCAUAUUUAAUAAGUUAGUUCUUCAAACAAUUUAUAUUAAGAGAUUGUCUUCAAUUCAUAAUAUAAGUAUCAGAAUUUUUCACAUUCUAGUAAAUUAAUAUAAUAUAUAAUACGAAGUAUGUAAUCUGCAUUUAAUUAGUAAAUAAUUUCGUUUAGUAGUAUUUUAAAAUAUAUUUUAUCAAACAAACAAUUGAAAC